AUGGAAUGUGCUAUGAAAGAUGUUGAAGACAAUUCAUAUUCCAUCAGAGCGGCUGCAAAAAAGUGGGGAAUUCCUGCGAGCACUUUAACAUAUUGGCUUUUAGGGCUGACAACAACAAAAAGAAGAGGUCCACCAACGAUCCUUUCGUUGGAAGAAGAGCUAGAAAUUGUUGACUGGUGCAAAGAUAUGGCUCAACUUGGUCACGGAUUAGAGAUUAUUCAGCUAAAGUUGCAUGUAGCUCAUAUAUGUGAAACAAGGCCAAAUCCAUUCAAGAAUGGUUUCCCAGGUAGAUCAUGGUGGACAGGUUUCCGCAAACGCCAUCCAGAUUUGACAAUAAGGGUUGCAGAGGGUCUAGACAGGGAUAGAGCAGUAAUGCUACGACCAAGUAUUAUGACAGAUUUUUAUGACAACCUGGAGAAAUUGUACAAUGCUUCUGAAUAUGGACCAACAAAAAUAUGGAAUUGUGAUGAAACAGGUCAUAGAAUUCUAGGAUUUUAUCUUUUCAAGGCCAAAAGACAGCUUAAAAACUACAUUGCCAACUGUGAACCGGGAGCAUGUAUGGCUGCACAACCACAUGCUUGGAUGACAAAAGAAUUAUUUUUAAAUUGGCUAUAUCACUUUGCUAGAUUUGUUACGGGUGGAGUUUCACCCACAAACAUACAUCUCCUUAUAUUUGACAGCCAUCGAAGCCAUGUUGCUUUGACUACAAUCCAUGAAGCAAAAUCUCUUGGUAUUGAUCUUCUAGCAUUGUCUGCCCACACCAGCCACAAAUUGCAGCCUCUAGAUUUGAGUGUGUUCUCUCCAUUCAAGGCACAUUUCAAAUCUGAAAGGUCAAAAUGGAUGGCCAAACAUCCACACAUAGAAAUAAGGAGAACUGAAUUGGCAGAACUUGCAAGUAAAGCAUUCAAACUUGCCCUGACAUCUGAAAACAUCAUAGCUGGUUUCCAAAGGACCAGAAUAUGGCCAUUAAAUAAAAAUGAUCUUUGUAAUGACAUGAGACCAAGUGAUGCAUUCAAUUUACAAGAUGAUAAUGAUGCUACAAGCAUUGCUAGCAUCUUAAGAUUAGCUGGCUUUGGAGAGGCACACGUGGAAGAGUGUUUGGAACAAUGUUUUGAACCACCGAAUUGGAUUAAAGAAGGAGCAAAACAUUUAGGAAUACAGAUUGAUAUGGAAAAUGAAGAAGUUUCUUUAUCCAUGCCUUCACCUCCAAUGCUUAGCUCUGAGGUCAUUCAUUAUUAUGUUGAUACAAUGGAUUCAAAUAAUUCAAAUUUAGAAACUAAUGAAGUUGCAGAAGAUGAGCAGGAUGAACACAAUCAAGGUUCUUUGAAGAUAGCUGCAACAUUUGAGAUAGAAGACAAAGCUGAAGAAAUGUUAUGCAGUCAAGGCUCUUUAAAAAAAAUUCUGAAGUUACCCAUUGAAAGGGUGAGAAAUAGGUCUAGUCUUCUUUCUAACAAUAAUGCACUUAAAUUGGGUAGUAAAUCUCAAAUCCUUACUUCCAAUGAAUACAUAAUUCGAGAACAGAAAAAAGAAGCAAGAAAAGCUAAAAUUGAAGAGUUGAAAGUAAGGAAGAAAAAACAAAAAGAGGCAAGGAAACUUGAACAAAUUGCAAGGAGAAAGAGGAAAGACGAGGAAAAGAUUGAAAGACAAAUAAUAAAGUAG